AUGGGCAUCUGUUUCGUCGGCAAGCGGAAGAAUUUUGAAGAGUUUAUGGAUCAGUACAUCGAGCCGCAGCCCGGUCCGCUGGUGACGAUUGACGGCAAAUUUCUGGCCGAGCACCAGGGCGUCCACCACUUCACGCUGGGAAAGCGGAUACAUUUAAAAGGCGAUCAUCUGGGCUAUUUUGUGGCGGACAUUCAGCCGGCGACGAACACGGUGGUUGUGUGUAGCGGCUCGCAUCAUCCCCUCCUCUACGCCGACGAGUUUUUGAUCAAGCUGCCCGCGUGGAUUUCCCGGGAUCCUAUCGACAAUACGCAAAUGGGAGAAAAAGUCAUAAAAGCGGAAAUUGGCUGGAAAAGGCAUGGCGUGUCUGAUGCCGUG